UGAGCGGUCCGGCCGUACGCCUUGGGCUCUUCGCGCCGGGAGGCAGACAGUACGGUGGAACCUCCUGACAAGGUCCGAUUUGGCACGUGUGCUUCGGGUCCGGGAGUAUCUCACAGGGGCGUCCGUCUCAGAUCGGACAUGCAUGGUCUUCCAGGUUACUGGCGGGUCAUGCGAAUAUUCAAGCGGGUGUCCUCAGACGAAUGCUUGGUUUGCGCAUCUGGGUCGAUUCCAGACAGCGAAAGCACCGACUCUGAAGGAAGUCAGUCACUCUGUGAGGAAUGCACCGACUGCUUCAAGAGCUUUGUGCGGAGGCGAAAAUUGCAGAUGUGGGAAGCGGUGCAGGAUAUGAUCUGGUAGCACGUUGGUCCAUCAAGUCGAUCCUUGCUUCGUGACUGAGUGCUGAUCAUUCGAUGCAGUCACAGUAUCCAAAAUGUGGCGAGUUUAUACGACGUCAGCACUGUACUAUAUACUCUAGUUAUGUUGUCAUGUGCCCCGCAGCCCUCA